UCUAAACCACGCCCCGUAUACCUGCGAGAACCAGGAAAUUACUUUGUUUGGACCUGGCGAGAUCAAAAUACUCACCGAAAAAUCUGUGUCGUUAAACUCCUCGUCGUCUCCUGUCUCCUCCACGUCCACAUCUACUCUUAUUAUCCUGCUGUGGAGACAUUUAAUCAGGAAACAGACGGAGUUUCACCUGCUUAUUUUAAACACCAGCACUAACCCCUGAGGGUUAAAAUACCUUUUACUGAGGGACCAGCCUGGCUCUGACCAGACCAGCACUGACCUGCUCAAGUCCGGCCGCAAGUUCUGCUGGUCCAGAGAAGCCCAGUACUUGUAUCUCCGCCGCCUGUCCUCGCGCAGCUACUCGGCUAUUAUGAUGAACCCGGUCAUGGAGGAGACCGUGUGGGAGCAGUACACCGUGACCCUGCAGAGGGAUCCAAAGAUGGGCUUUGGCAUCGCAGUGUCAGGGGGGCGGGACAACCCGAACGAGGAAAGCGGCGAGACGUCCAUCGUGGUGUCCGACGUCCUGCAGGGAGGACCUGCCGAUGGCUUGUUAUUUGAGAAAGACCGGGUGGUGCAGGUGAACGCCAUCUCCAUGGAGGGGGCCAUACACUCCUUCGCCGUCCAGACUCUCAGAAAAUGUGGCAAAGUUGCAAAAAUUACAGUGAAGAGGCCAAGGAAGGUUCCGGUCAACCUGCUGAACCGCCCCCCGUCACCCGACGACAGAGUCUUCAACAACGACUACAACGAAGAUUACAACUACGACCAGGACCGCCGCAGCGUGUACAGCGGGCGGAGUGGUGGCGGGCGUGACCACAGCCUGGAGAGGGAGCGAGGCGGCGGCUACAUGGAUUCUGGCUACCACACGCACGAGCGCGACUAUGACAGGGACUAUGACCGGCGGGAGCGUGGCAGGAGCAUGGAGAGGGACCUCAGCCCGGACCGGCAGUACAGGAGAGACGGCAGCAGGGGUCGCACUUUGGAUAGAGAGCGCAGCCCGGAUCGCCGCUACCGGAGCGACCACGUGCUGGACCGCGACUACAGCCCGGACAGGAGGUACCGCAGCGAGCGCGCGUUGGACCGAGACCACAGCCCGGAUCGGCGCUACCGCAGCGAACGAGCCCUGGAUCGGGAGUACAGCCCGGACAGGCGCUACCGCAGCGAGCGAACCCUGGACCGCACCAACAGCCCCGACCUGCGCUACAAGCAAGACAGCCACAGCCCGGGACGAGGCCACGGGCGCGACCACAGCUUCGAACGAGGGCGGGAACGCAUCUCCAGUGAACCGAGGAAGUACGAUGAGCCGAUAAGGCGAAGCGGGAGCAGGGAUCGCUUGGACCGCUCGCCAUCACCCGCCGCCAUGCCCAUCCCUCUGCCACGCCCGAUCCGGGACCUGGAGCCGCUGGAGAAACCGCUGAAUGUGCUGCUGCUGAAGAACCGACCCAACGAAGAGUACGGCCUUCGUCUGGGCAGCCAACUCUUCAUCAAGGAGAUGACCAGCACUGGACUCGCCAGCAGAGACGGGAACCUGCAGGAGGGAGACAUUAUACUGAAGAUUAACGGCACCGUGACGGAAAACCUGUCCCUGAGCGACGCCGGGAAGCUGAUCGAGAAGUCUCGCGGGAAGCUGCAGCUGGUGGUGCAGAGGGACAAACGGCAGGUGCUGAUCCGAGUCCCCCCGAUGGUCGACAGUGACUCGGAGCUCGAUGAUAUCUCAGAGAUCGAGUCCUACCGCUCCUACUCGCCCCAGGACGACAGGCGGGGCCAACCCUCUGACCUGUCCUCACACUCGUCCAAUGAGAGGCUCAGAGAGAAGCCCAGAGAGGAACCGCCCAACAGGCUGGCAAAAAUGGGCGCCAUGCCAACACCGUUCAGAGGUGCCGACAGAGCCGUAGAGGACACGCCCCCUUUGCAGGCCGAGAGGGAGGAAGCACGACCAGAAACGCCACCAGUGCCAGCAGUCACUGUAGCCCCGAAGGUUCAUGCUCCUCCCAAGGUGCCAGUAAAGCCGAGCAUGGAGGACCAGGAAGUCUAUGGACCGAACACGGUGAUGGUGCGUUUCCAGAAGGGCGACAGCGUGGGCCUAAGGCUGGCGGGAGGAAACGACGUCGGCAUCUUCAUCGCCGGCGUUCAGGAGGACAGCGCCGCUGAGCAGGAGGGACUCCGCACGGGGGAUCAGAUCAUGAAGGUGAACAACAUGGACUUCAGAGGCAUGGUGCGAGAGGAUGCUGUCCUCUACCUCCUGGAGAUUCCCAAGGGAGAGGAUGUGACCAUUCUUGCUCAGAGUAAACCUGAAGUGUACAAGGACAUUUUAGCGUCUGGCAGAGGCGACUCUUUCUUCAUCAGGACCCACUUUGAGUAUGAGAAGGAGGCUCCACAGAGUCUUCCCUUCUCCAGAGGGGAGAUCUUCAAAGUGACGGACACGCUUUACGAUGGCAAGCUGGGCAACUGGCUGGCAAUCCGCACCGACAAAGACAACCAGCUGCUGGAGAAAGGAAUCAUCCCCAACAAGAGCAGAGCUGAGCAAAUGGCCAACGUCCAGAACGCUGCCCGGGCCGCAUCAGGCAACGACAGAGGAGACUUCUGGAGGCUGAGAGGUCAGAGGGCGGCCAAGAAGAAGGAUCUCCGCAAGAGCCGAGAGGACCUGAGCGCUGCUCCGGUCACCACACGAUUCCCUGCCUACGAGAGAGUGGUUUUACGUGAAGCUGGAUUCAAGAGGCCUGUGGUGAUAUUUGGUCCCAUUUCUGAUGCAGUAAAUGACAAACUGGCCGCUGACAUGCCGAACGACUUCGUCAUUGCCAAAACGGAGCCUAAGGAUGCAGGAAGUGAGAAAUCCUCCGGGGUGGUGAGGCUCAACACCAUCCGACAAAUCAUUGAACAGGACCGCCAUGCUCUUCUGGACGUGACUCCCAAAGCUGUAGACACUCUGAACUACACCCAGUGGUAUCCCAUUGUCAUCUUCCUGAACCCCGACAGCAAGCAAGGUGUCAAGACCAUGAGGAACCGCCUCGUACCCGGGUCCAGCCGCAGUGCACGCAAACUGUACGAGCAGGCCGUCAAGCUCAGGAAGACCUGCUCACACCUGUUCACCGCAACCAUCGACCUGAACUCGGCCAACGACGCGUGGUAUGGCAGCGUGAAAGAGUCUAUCCAGGAACAGCAGGACAGAGCUGUGUGGGUGUGUGAGGGCAAGCUGGACGGUUCAGAGGAGGACCUGGAUCUCCACGACGACCGCAUGUCCUACCUGUCGGCGAUGAGCGCCGACUACCUGAGCAUGGACAGCCGUCUGACCAGCGACUACGAAGACACGGCCGACGAGGGCGGGGCUUACACCGACAACGAGCUGGACGAGACGCUGGACGAUUCCCAGCCCGUGUCGGCCAUCAGUCGAUCAUCGGAGCCCGUGCUGCCAGACGAGAAGCUUCACCCUGAACCCCGGGCUCGUAUGAGGAGGUCAGGGAGCAGAGAGGUGCUGAACAGAGAGCCCAGCCCUCCCCCUUCGUUUGUCCCUGAACCCCCGAAGGUGCGGGCUCAGACUCGGACUGACUCAACGCGGAGCUAUGACUCACACUCCAGCAGCACCAUCAGCAGCGACGCAGCGGGCGGAAACAAGCCGCUGCCCCCUCCCGUCGCCCUGAAGCCCACCGUCCCCCGUCUGAACCAGCACACAGAGGAGCAGAGCCCGGGGAAGGAGGAGGAGGAUCCCGCCAACAAAUCCUUCCUGGGCAAGAUUCAAGCGUUUGAGAAGAUGGACCACCUGGCUCGAGCUCAGAGACUCCUGGAGCUGCAGGAGGCAGAAAACGCUCGGCUGGAAAUCGCCCAGAAGCAUCCAGACAUCUACGCCAUCCCAGUGAAGCUGCCAAAACCCAACCUCAACCGUCCUCAGCCAAUAGGUUCGAGCUCCAACCCCGAGCCCCAGACGCCGUCCAGGACGCCGUACGCAGAGACGAGAGGAUACGAUGACGACGACGAGGCCGAGUACCGCAGACAGCUGGCCGACCAGACCAAGAGAGGGUACUACAACCCGCAGAAAUACAAGGACACUGAGCUGUAGGCCAGGAAAACCAGGAAGUGGCAUUUUCAUCAUCCUAGAGCUCUUCGCCAUGGUAACAGCUUACACAGCUUCACCUAGUUGGGAACUCUCUGGACAUUUUGUUUGUAGUCAGGCUCCUGGAAAGACAUCUAGUUUCAACACUAAUUUCAGACACUUUUCAACGCUGUUGUCUCACAAAAAGGUUCCUUCACACCUGCGCUGGUUCUUCUUAUGGACCUUUUCACACCUGAUGUUUCAGCGUGUGUAUAUACAGUACAUAUAUAUAUAAAUAUAUAUAUUGUUUUUAUGUGUCUGAAAAGAUUUUUGUUACAAGCAAGUCUUUAUCGUGCCCCAUUACACCAACACCAAGCCCCAGUUUGUGCCUCUUGUGCCGUUACAUUCAAAGUCACAGAACUGAGCGUCGGUUUUUCUGACAAAUAAAAUUUUUCUGCAGUUAUGUAAUACAUUCAUUUGAGUUAAUGGAUGCAUUAUGCCUCUGCAGAAAAUAACAGAAACAGAACAAGGUCAGAUGGCUUUUCCAGCUGCCAUCUUUGUUUUGGUCAGGAACGAGUCACAAUUGGUUAAAAAUCUUUUUGAAUAUUAUGGAAAUGCCAUCACAACAGUAUUAGGUGUUGUUUAACAAACUUGUUGUUUCAGUGCUCGUCGGGGAGUUAUCUUUCAGGAAGGACAGAGGAUUAGCUCUGUUAGCGGGAUGUAAUGGAGACACGUGAGAGGCAGAAACUGGAGCUAGCCAACAUCAUGCUGCACCCACACCAUAGAGUGUUGUAGACUGUGUUUGCGUGCAAUCAAAAAGUUCUGAGACUGCGCAAAGACAGGCGAAAUCUUGUCUAUCAUCUGUAAGUGGUCACAAAAACACCUUAAUCUAACAUGGAAUAUUGACUAACGAAGGUUAUUUCUCUCACUUGGUGUAUGAGCAUUUCUGUGCUGCACUCAGAAGAGUCUCAGAAAUUUUUGAUCGCACCUCGGACAGUGUUAACAGCUGCUCUGAGGUCAGACAGGUGUUAGUCUCCCUCUUCUCACCUCUCUCCUGCCAAGUUGUCUCUGAUUUAUCGCUGGCCUCUACAUUCCUUGUUGUACACUACACUGUAAAAAGUGCCUUGCAGCUCAGAUUUCACUUCAGAAAGAACAAAAAAGGGGUUAUAUUCACCAAUUUUCGAUGUCACAGAUUUCACUGUUAAAAAAUAUUGGUGUAAAGGAAGCAGCGCAGCAUAAAUCUGACGUUUCUGUUCGUCUUUACUGUUUUUACACAGAGACAAUCACAUUUUUAUUGUGUCUAAUGUUUUUAUAUUGAAUAUUUGCUGAACUCAGUCAAGUCUUUGUACACGGGAGUAUUGGGAACGUGGUGAUGACAAUCAUGUUGGUUGAUUAGUUUCUUUAAAAUGUCUGUUAGUUUCUGAUUUUCUUUUUUUUUUUUAGUUUGUGAUAUCCUGAGUGUUACAGGACUCUUGGAAAAACUCUAAUAAAUAAAUCUUUCUUUUUUUA